GCGGCUGGACGGUCCGUCAACAGCUGGCGGCCCCUGGGUGACGCGUAGGCCCGGGAGCGUCGAGCAUGGACGACCACAGCCUGGAGGAGUUCCGCCGGCGCUGGCAGGAGGAAUUGGCGCAGUCGCAGGCGCUGAGGCGGCGGCGGCGGCCCGAAGCCGGGGAGCGGCGGCCGCGGAGGCCCGAGGCGGGGGCGCGCGGUGAGCAGGCCUCGGGGUACCUGGCGCUGGCGCAGGGUCUGCUGGAGGGCGCGGGCCGACCCCCGGCGCCCAGGCCCGGCCGGUCCGACAGGAGGGAUGCGACCAGCCGCUCGCGCUCACCCCCGGAUCGCGACGCCGUGGAGCCCGAGCCGCUGGUGGACCAGCUCAUCCGCGACUUGAAUGAGAUGGAGGAGGUGCCCUUCUUUGACGUCCAGCUGCCUUAUGAACUGGCCAUCAAUAUAUUUCAGUAUCUGAACAGAAGAGAACUGGGUCGCUGUGCUCAGGUGAGCAAGACAUGGAAGGUGAUUUCUGAAGACGAGGUGCUGUGGUACCGGCUGUGCCAGCAGGAGGGGCACCUUACCCGGAGCAGCAUCUCCGAUUACACCUGCUGGAAGCUCAUCUUGCAAGAGUGCCGCGCCAAGGAGCACAUGCUCAGAGCUAACUGGAAGAAUCGCAAAGGCGCUGUGAGCGAGCUGGAGCACGUUCCCGAUGCCGUUCUGUGUGAUGUGCGCUCCCAUGAUGGCGUUGUCAUCGCAGGAUACACGUCAGGGGAUGUGCGAGUGUGGGACACCCGCACCUGGGACUAUGUGGCCCCCUUCCUGGAAUCUGAGUCUGAGGAGGAGGAGCCUGGAAUGCAGCCAUAUGUCUCCUUUGUGAGGAUCAACAGCUCACUGGCAGUGGCGGCUUACGAGGAUGGGAUUCUUAACAUCUGGGACCUGAGGACUGGGAAGUUCCCUAUCCAUCGCUUUGAGCACGAUGCAAGAAUACAAGCCCUUGCGCUCAGCCGGGAAGAGGCCACGGUUGCCACAGCUUCUGCUUUUGACGUUGUGAUGUUGUACCCUAACGAGGAGGGGUACUGGCAUGUAGCUGCGGAAUUUGAAGUUCAGAAACUGGUCGACUACCUGGAAAUAGUUCCGAAUACUGGGAGGUACCCCGUGGCAAUAGCCACAGCUGGGGACCUGGUGUACCUGCUGAAGGCCGAGGACUCAGCCAGAACCCUCCAUUAUGUCUAUGGCCAGCCUGCCACAUGUCUGGAUGUCUCAGCCAGCCAGGUCGCCUUUGGGGUGAAGAGUCUGGGAUGGGUGUACGAAGGAAACAAGAUCCUGGUCUAUAGCCUGGAAGCAGAACGCUGCCUCUCAAAGCUUGGCAACGCGCUCGGUGACUUCACCUGUGUCAACCUCCGGGACAGUCCUCCCAACCUCAUGGUCAGCGGCAACAUGGACAGGAGAGUGAGACUCCAUGACCUCCGCAGUGAUAAAAUCGCCCUGUCACUGUCCGCCCAUCAGCUGGGAGUGUCCGCAGUCCAGAUGGAUGACUGGAAGAUCGUCAGUGGGGGCGAGGAGGGGCUGGUGUCUGUGUGGGAUUACCGCAUGAACCAGAAGCUGUGGGAGGUGCACUCCAGGCACCCUGUGCGCCACGUCUCCUUCAAUAGCCACAGCCUGAUCACUGCCAACGUGCCCUACGAGAAGGUGGUGCGGAACUCCGACCUGGACAACUUUGCCUGUCACAGGAGACAUCGUGGUCUGAUCCAUGCCUAUGAGUUUGCUGUGGACCAGCUGGCCUUUCAGAGCCCUCUUCCCGUCUGCCGCUCCCCCUGUGACACCAUGGCUGGGUACAGCUAUGACCUGGCACUGUCUUUCCCCUACGACACUGUUUAGGGCGUCCCCUCAUGGAGAAGGGGGAAGGGCCAGUUUCCAAACAUCAGAACUGUAGGGCAGCUCUGCAGCGGACUGGAAGUUUGGGGACAGUACCUCUCCCGGGUGGCCUGUGGCCACACAGCCUCGGGAGCCACCUGAACAGAGUCUCCCACCUAGGGCUUUGGUAGCACACACUGACGACUCAAGAGCUAGCCUUUCCAGAAGCGGCUCCUGCACCUCAGCCUGUGACAGGAGCAACAGCUCUCCCUCGUUCCACACUCUGGGGUCUCCUGUGUGUGGUGCUGACCCUACCCUGGUCCAGCCCCUCCGUGUUCUCCCACAGUUCAGAUAGACCCUUACCUGGGUGAGGUCAGCCUCCCUUCCGCGGGCUGCGGAGGAAACAGCCAUCCUUCCCUGGGGAGGAAAAGGCACUCCAUGGGGAUGGGUUUGGGGCUCAGUUCCUGAGCCUGGCUGCUGGUAUCUCUUCCCUCAGCACCCCAAGAGUAGCCCAGUGCUCUAGACAACCACAGCUCACCCACUCUGCCUGCAGAAUGUCACAGGCAGAUCUCCACACCAUGGCCAGGAGACCCCGCCAGUGAAAACAUUUGUGCGCAGACUCUAAUUCCCGUUGACCAGGCACCUAACCCGCCUGUACAGAGACCCACCCCACUCAGGCAGGGUCCCUGUCCCCGCGAACACCAGCUCAAAAAGCAGUAUAAUAAACAAGUGUACCAGGACGCUCCACAUUGGCUCUGCAGAGGGCGAAAACGCACAGAGUGGGAAGGCUUCAUGCCCUGGAGACUAAGGUGGUUU